GAUCAUUUCAGAUUCAUACCUCCUUCAUCUCUCAAUUUCCAUUUUAAUUGCCACCCCUCUUCGCCAGCUCGAGUGCGCACACGAUCGGGAUUGAGCUCGCUUCAAAAGGUCACGAGAUACAUAGGGGAGAUUCUCGUAUUUCAAUAAAGACUCUCCAAGAUGCCCGUUGCCGAAGGUGUCCCGCAGACUUUGUACGACAAGGUUCUAGCCGCUCAUGUCGUGGAUGAGAAGCUUGAUGGCACUGUUCUGCUCUAUAUAGACAGGCAUCUCGUUCACGAAGUCACUUCACCCCAAGCAUUCGAAGGCUUAAAGAACGCUGGCCGAAAAGUCCGAAGACCUGAUUGCACCCUCGCCACCACAGACCACAAUAUCCCUACCAAGUCCCGAAAAGGCUUAAAGGAUCUUGCCUCCUUCAUCGAACAAGACGAUUCCCGCUUACAAUGUAUGACCCUUGAGGAGAAUGUAAGGGAUUUCGGAAUUACCUACUUUGGUCUCGGCGAUAAGCGUCAAGGUAUCGUCCAUGUCAUCGGCCCCGAGCAAGGUUUCACCCUUCCGGGUACUACUCUGGUCUGCGGUGAUAGCCACACCUCUACACAUGGAGCCUUUGGUUGCUUCGCCAUGGGAAUUGGGACCAGUGAGGUCGAGCACGUCCUGGCUACCCAGUGCCUCAUCACGAAGAGGAGUAAGAACAUGAGGAUACAAGUCGACGGCGAGCUGGCUCCCGGUGUCAGCUCCAAGGAUGUUGUACUCCACGCUAUUGGAUUAAUCGGAACUGCCGGAGGUACCGGCUGUGUUAUCGAGUUCUGCGGUUCCGUCAUCCGCGGCUUAAGUAUGGAGGCUCGUAUGUCCAUCUGUAAUAUGUCCAUCGAGGGCGGUGCUCGAGCUGGUAUGGUUGCUCCUGAUGACAUUACCUUCGAGUACUUGAAGGGCAAGCCUUUAGCCCCUCCUUAUGGCACUCCGGAAUGGGAUCGCGCUGUCAAGUACUGGAGAAGUCUCCAGUCGGACCCAGGUGCUAAGUACGAUAUUGACGUCCAGAUCGACGCCAAGGAUAUCAUCCCUACCGUGACUUGGGGUACGAGCCCCGAGGAUGUCGUUCCUAUCACCGGAGUUGUUCCUGAUCCGGAGACAUUCAAGUCCGAGUCAAAGAAGAAGGCUGGCCGAAGGAUGCUCGAAUACAUGGGUCUCACCGCCGGUACCCCGAUAACAGAGAUUCCCGUCGACAAGGUUUUCAUUGGUUCUUGCACAAACUCGCGAAUCGAGGAUCUUCGGGCCGCCGCACAGGUUGUCAAGGGCAAGAAGAAGGCCGAUAAUGUCAAGCGUGCUAUGAUCGUGCCCGGUUCUGGAGUAAUCAAGGACCAAGCCGAAGCUGAGGGUCUUGACAAGAUCUUCUUGGAUGCCGGAUUCGAAUGGAGAGAAGCCGGGUGCAGCAUGUGCCUCGGCAUGAACCCAGAUAUUCUAUCGCCAAAGGAGCGAUGCGCAAGUACGAGCAACCGAAAUUUUGAGGGCAGACAGGGUGCCCAAGGCCGAACACAUCUGAUGUCUCCUGUUAUGGCGGCGGCUGCUGCUAUCGUUGGCAAACUCGCCGAUGUCCGAAAGUUAACAGAGUACACCGCCAGCCCUCAUAUCGAUGCCUACAAAUUAAACAACACACCAGUAGGCAAGGCGCACGUCGACGAGAGUGUCGAAGAUGACGACGCCGCGAAGGAAAGGAUUACCGACCAACCUGAGGAUACCUCACCGCAUGUCAACUCCAUGGCCUCGGAAGCAGCUGGUUCUCAAGGCCUGCCGAAAUUUUUAGUUCACAGGGGUAUCGCUGCCGCCUUAGAUCGGGCUAAUGUCGACACAGACGCUAUUAUUCCCAAACAAUUUUUGAAGACCAUUAAGCGCACCGGCCUUGGAUCAGCUCUAUUCUAUGAAUCCAGAACGAAUGAGGACGGAUCCGUGAACAAGGACUUCGUUCUAAACCAAGAACCGUGGACAAAUGCUAAGAUCCUGGUCUGCACGGGUCCCAACUUCGGUUGCGGUAGCUCUCGAGAACAUGCUCCUUGGGCCCUCAACGACUUCGGCAUACGUUGCGUUAUUGCCCCAUCUUUCGCCGACAUCUUCUUUAACAACACCUUCAAGAAUGGCAUGUUGCCCAUCGCCAUUCAGAACCAGGACGAAAUUGAGAAGAUCGCGGCCGAGGCUCGCGCAGGCAAGGAGAUCGAAGUCGAUCUACCGAAUCAGGUCAUCCGUGAUGCUACGGGCAACGAGCUUGCCAAGUUUGACGUCGAAGAGUUCCGAAAGCACUGCUUAAUCAACGGCCUCGAUGACAUCGGCUUGACCCUCCAGCUCGAAGACAAGAUUGUCGACUACGAGAAGAAGGCCUCGGCCAAAACCCCCUGGGUAGACGGCACGGCCUACCUGCGGCGAAAGGGCCAGGGCGGUAAGCUAGCCGCCAAACCCGCACCCGUUCCCAAGACGAAUCGUGGACAGGAGAUCAAGGACCCAAUAGAAUGGUAAUAUAUAUACGUAGGAGGGAAGGGGAGUUUGUACGGGUUCGGCGUUGUGCUGGAGGAAAAUCUUUUUUUUAACGUUAACGCGUGUCUUAAAUGCGGCACUUAUUGUUGUCGAUACUGAGUUCGUCGCGAUUUGCUUUGACGAUAGGAUGAAUACUACGGAAUGUGGAAUAAUAGUGGCGAUGAUUACUACAACACAUCAAAAAUUGAACGGAAGUCCUUUCUUUGAUGAAUUAAGGAAAUUUUUCGAAUUUUCGAAUACAUCUUGGUUUUUCUAUGCGUAUGUGACCUGUGCCUUUUGGAGUAAUUGGGAAUCAGUAUUUAAGCCCUGUGGAUUCAAUAUUUCUUGCAAGGUUUCCUCGUGUAUCAUAUGGGAGAGGCGAACUUUUUAGCAAUAGGGGUAAGUACCUAGCUAAGGUUAUGUGUGUGGAUGGCGUUUUAAGUAAAGAAGUACAAAUAAAUAUGAAGGGGGAUUUUGUUUAGUUAUCCCUUAUUCUCUGCCAAGAUA